AUGCAGACAGCGAACGGACGAAUUAUGUCUCUACCGAAUAGACGGGGCUCCGUUGUGAUAUCCCUAGCGCUCGUACUGCUGAGUGGUUUCUGGGAAACGGUGUCCGGGCAGCUCUCGUACUCCGUUUCGGAGGAGGUAAAUCCGGGGACCACCGUCGGAAACAUCGCUAAGGACCUCAGCCUCAAUGUCCAGGAACUGGAGUCUCGAAUGUUCCAGAUUGUAACUGGCUCAAAGACAACAAAUUUCGAGGUAAACCGAAAGACCGGCGCUCUGUACGUCAAUGAAAGGAUAGACAGAGAGGAGCUUUGUGCGGAAGGACCCACAUGCACAGUCAACGUAGAGGCCGUGAUCAACAACCCUUUAAAGGUUUACCGCGUUCAAGUCGUAAUCUUAGAUAUAAAUGACAACGCGCCAUCUUUCAGAGCAAAAUCUCAGACGUUAGACAUAGCGGAAAACACCAUAGCGGGCGUGAAGUUUCCUUUGCUCGACGCCUCCGAUGUGGAUGUGGGAAAGAAUGGCAUCAGCACAUACAAGAUCAGUCCUAAUGCACAUUUUUCUUUAGCUGUGCACAAAGAGGGAGAUGGUGUUUCAGCCGAGUUGGUGCUGCAGAGAGCUUUAGAUCGAGAAAAGGAGCCCGUGGUUAAACUUAGUCUGACUGCGUUAGAUGGAGGGACGCCACAGCGAUCAGGUACUUUGGAAAUCAUUGUUAAUGUAUUAGAUAUUAAUGACAAUGCUCCAGUUUUCAGUAUGCCUCUGUAUAAAGCACGAAUAUUUGAAAACACACCAAUUGGGACAACCAUUCUCACAUUGAAUGCCACUGACGUAGACGAAGGCACGAAUAGCGAGAUCGUUUACUCCGUAAACAAAAAUGAGAGGGAUCAUAUCUUGGAAAUGUUCAAUAUUGAUCCGCACACAGGCGCCAUUACGGUCAAAGGAAACAUUGAUUAUGAGAGAAAUUCUGCUUUUGAAAUACGUGCACAGGCUAUUGACAGAGGACAGCCCCCAGUGGCCGCGCACUGUAAAGUGCUUGUGGAAGUGAUAGACCUCAACGACAAUGCUCCUGAGAUCACUCUGACGUCACUGGUAGACACAAUAAAGGAGGACACUAAAUCAGGCACCGCUAUUGCUCUCGUGUCCGUGCUAGAUAGAGAUAAUGGCAAGAAUGCUGUGGUGAAUUGUGACAUUGAGAAUGUGGUCCCCUUUAAACUGGAAACAAAUUAUAAAAACUAUUAUUCAUUGGUAGUUGAUGGCCACCUCGACAGAGAAACUGCUGCUCAGUACAAUGUCACCGUCACAGCCACGGAUGAAGGGACUCCCCCACUUUCUAACACAAAAGUUGUUGUUGUACAUGUGUCUGAUGUCAAUGAUAACGCACCUCGGUUUUCCGAGUACCAGAUUAAUGUUUAUGUCAAAGAGAACAGUCCAGUAGGAGCGAUAAUUAAAACAGUAUCUGCUUUAGAUGCUGACGUAGAUGAAAAUGGCCAGAUGAGUUAUUCAGUCAUAGAAAGCAAUAGCAACUCAGUGCCCAUAUCUGCAAUGGUUCAUAUUGAUGCAGAAGGCGGGAAUAUAGUCAGCCUGCAGUCUUUUAACUAUGAGGAUUUGAAAACGUUCCAGUUUAAAGUUCAGGCCACAGACUCUGGUGCUCCUCCACUCAGCAGUAAUGUGACUGUGAACGUGUUUAUCCUGGAUGAGAAUGACAACAGUCCCGGGAUUCUCGCUCCCUAUUCUGAACACGGCUCCGUUAACAGUGAGAACGUCCCCUAUUCUGCUGAAGCGGGUUACUUUGUGGCCAAGAUCAGGGCUGUAGACGCAGACUCUGGAUAUAAUGCUCUGCUUUCUUAUCACAUCUCUGAGCCCAAGGGGAACAACCUGUUCCGAAUCGGAACCAGCACCGGGGAAAUCCGGACUAAGAGGCGAAUGAGUGACAAUGACCUGAAAACUCACCCGUUGGUGGUGUUGGUUUCUGAUAACGGAGAGCCCUCCCUGUCAGCUACUGUGUCUAUUGAUGUGGUGGUGGUUGAAAGCACAGGUGAUAUGCAGACUCCGUUCAGACACGUACCCAUAAAGGAGGAGAGCUUCUCUGAUCUAAACUUGUAUUUGCUGAUCUCCAUCGUGUCAGUGUCAGUGGUGUUUCUACUGAGCCUCAUCAGUUUGAUAGCGGUGAAAUGCCACAGGACAGACGGCAGUUUCAGCAGGUACAGCGCCCCAAUGAUCACCAGCCACCCUGACGGGAGCUGGUCUUACUCUAAAGCUACUCAGCAGUAUGACGUGUGUUUCAGCUCAGACACGCUGAAGAGUGACGUAGUAGUUUUCCCUGCGCCGUUUCCGCCUGCUGAUGCGGAGCUGAUCAGUAUUAAUGGAGGAGACACUUUUAACAGGACUCAGACUUUACCCACUAAAGACAAGGUAAGAGAACGAAACAUAUCUCUGCACACAUAUGCAUUUACAUUUGAAGAUUAG